AGUCGUUUCGGAGAACCCGUACGAAUCACAGUUAAUCUUUAGUAACGUAUUCGGUAUCGCGACGAACGUACAUCAUACGAUUUUACGUGUAUAUCUAUAUAUAUAUAAAGAGAAAGAGAGAAAGAUAGAGAAAAGGAUAUAUAUAUAAAGAGAGAUAUAGAUAAUAUAAAUAUAACUAAUUUCCUUUGCUCUCUUUACAAAUUGAUUUUUAUUUGUUUACAUUUUUUCUCAUUUUCUUAUUCCUUUCUUGUUUUUUUCACUUUUUUUUCUUUAUUACAUAACUUUCGUUCAUCGCGUUGCUCGAUCAUGAUCGAGCAACGCGACAUUUCUUGAACGUCGUCAAACAAAAAGAAUCAGAGGAAGAGAGAAAGAGAAAGAGAAAGAGAAAGAGAGAGAGAGAGAGAGAGAGAGAGAGAGAAGACAGUGCGUGCGAUCAAAGAGACGCGUGCCAAAUUAGAAACGCUCGCUUAUUCAUCGGACAACCCCAGCAAGCUGUGCGCUAAUUAUUCUUCGGCCGGCGUUAAUUCCGGACUCGAAUCGGAACUGCCGCUGCUGCUGCUGCUGCUGCUGCUGCUACUGCAGCUGACCCGGUACUUCGAUUUUUCCAAAAUGGAGGACCAUCCAGCUGGCAUUUCUCCUUCCUCAAGAACAGUUACCUAAGGAUGACACGAUGAGAGGAAAACCAUACGAUUAUUCUAAGCAGAAAUACAGUAACACGAUACGCGGAAAAAGGUCGGGAGGGGUCACAACCGUUGGUGCGGCGAGGUCAGGUCGCGGUACUCUACAGAGGACACUCGUCCUCGUAUUUCUGGCGACGUUUCUCUGGCUGCAGAUUCAUGUGAUCAAUUUAACCGGCAGGGACACGUCUGGACAGUCUUCGGCUAACGAGACGCUCUUUGCGCUGGUCCCUCAGGAACUUCACAGGUUCCUGAAAGAGCGGCAUAAUGCGUCUUCGACAUCGGGCAAUGCAACUUCUGGCACUCUAACGGAUCUCGAAAUCGAGGAUAUACGUCGUAACAUCGAUCGUAUAAAUUCCGAGCAAAAGGUUUACAACGAGGAAGCGUUUGGUCCACUUGCCGGUGAUGCGCCUAUCAUCGUCGUACAGGUUCACGUUAGACUGACCUACUUGAGACACCUGAUCGUCUCUCUGGCACAAGCAAGGGGCAUCGAACAGGCACUUCUUGUUUUUAGCCAUGACGUAUGGAACCCGGACAUCAAUUAUUUGGUCCAAAGCGUUGACUUUUGUCGUGUCAUGCAAAUAUUUUAUCCCCAUAGCAUACAAACCCAUCCAAGAACAUUUCCAGGGGAGGAUCCGAACGAUUGUCCGAGAAACAUUCACAAGGAACAAGCCUUGUAUUUGAAAUGUAUCAACGCUAAGCAUCCGGAUCUUUAUGGUCAUUAUCGCGAAGCAAAGUUUACACAAACUAAACAUCAUUGGUGGUGGAAGGCCAAUAGGGUCUUCGAUCAAUUAACAAUAACAAAGAAUCACACUGGUAUGGUACUAUUCCUCGAAGAGGAUCAUUACGUAGCCGAGGACUUUCUUCACGUAUUGAGACUCAUGGAACGUACCUGCAAGCACAGCUGCGAACGUUGCAAUGUCCUAUCAUUGGGUACAUAUCUCAAGACCUACAACUAUUUCGCUGACUUCAGUCGUAAAUUCCUUGGUGUAAACGGCGCUUUACAAAAGGAACUUCUACGUGGAUUAAAGAAGCACGAGUCACCAGGCCCCCAGUAUGCUCUGAUCAGCAGCAGCAGCAGCAGCAGCAGCAGCAGUAGUAGCAGCAGUAGUAGCAGCAGCAGCAGCAGCAGUAGUAGCAGCAGUAUCAGCAGCAACAGUAACAACGUUGCUGGUGUCAACAUCGUUGGAACCGAAAAUGUUGCUGGAUUAUCGACCUAUCAAAGCUCACAGACGGCACCUUCUUGGGCAUUCCAGCUCCUACCAAGUCUCUACACUCAUUAUCAGAAGGCCGAGGUAAUACCCUGGAUAUCGAGUAAACACAAUAUGGGUAUGGCGUUCAAUCGUAUAACUUGGAACAAACUGAGGAAGUGUGCCGUACAAUUUUGCUCAUACGACGAUUACAAUUGGGAUUGGAGUCUACAGCACAUAGCACAGACAUGUUUGCCGCCUAGCAGAGGAGCCGGUGCAGCACCUCGCAUUGAUUCCGGCCUUAUUACCAUGAUGAUGAGAGCACCAAGAGUAUUUCACAUCGGCGAAUGCGGUGUACACCACAAGAAGAAUAAUUGCGAGUCUACUGCUGUAAUAGCGAAAGUUCAAAAUGUUUUGAGAGCCGCUAGAGACCAUCUUUUCCCGUCGCAAUUGACCCUAACGGUUGCUGGUAUGGCCAAGAAGACUAAAUUGAGAAAAGGUAAUGGCGGAUGGGGAGACGUUAGGGAUCAUCAGCUCUGUUGGAACAUAACGAUGUAUCCGGAUCUUGUUCUGCCUUAAAACAAAAAAGAAAACAAACAAACAAACAAACAAACAAAUAAACAAAGAAGAAAAGGAAGAGGAAAGGGAAAGAAAAAAGAAAUUCAUCGAGAGAAAAAAGAUAAAAAAAAAAAAAAAAAAAAAAAAAAAAAAAAAGAAAAAGAAAGAACGGAAUAUCGCAAAGAGAAUGAAUGUUCACUAUCACAAAAGACAACGUUAAUACUUAAAUGGAACAAGUUUUUAUGCCAUUGUACUUACUUAUUCUUAGCAUUUUCCAUUAUUCUCAUCAACACGAAUAUCGUUUUUCCAUUCCUCCCCCUCCUCCGAAUUGUAACAAGAUCGAUUGAUUUAACGUGUUGACUCUCUAUCGGUACGAACUCGAUUCGUUCGUUAUCGAGCUUUUAUUAUGUGUCUUUCAAAUCGUGAUCUCUGGAAUGAGAUAUGUCAAUCCGACAUACGUGAUCAGUGUAUAUCUGCAAACGAGAAUAAUUAAUUUAUAUAUAUAUAUAUAUAUAUGUGCAGAAGAGAACUAAGUAAAUGCUCUUUUUCAUUCGCACAUGGAUAUUACAAGCGCGUGUUUAUUACUCACAUGAGAUUAAUCCUAUUAUGUUUAGAACUUGUUGAGUGUUAAUAAAUCCUUCCUCUAAUUUGAGAUACACCAUGUUGUUGAAUAUAUAUAUAUAUAUAUAUGUAUAUAUAUAUACACAUAUAUAUAUGUGUGUGUGUGUGUGUAUCACUGUUGAGAGAAUCGUGAAUGAAAAAAAAAAGGGAGAAAAAAAGAAAAAUGAGAUAAAAACGCGCAUAAUGGUCCAAAGAUAAUUAACCACUCGAUUCUUUCCAAUUUUCGUGUUCGUAUUCUUUUUCUUCUUUUCUCUUCUCUUUUAUUUAUUUAUUUUCUUUUUUUUUUUUUUUUUCUUUUUCUAUUUUCUUUAAUAUCAAUCACGACGCACUUGUUAUAAUAGUUAUGUAAAAGAAAAAAAAAAAGGAGAAGAAGAAGAUAAGAAAAAAAAAAAAAUAAUUCAUAGCGGAUUUAUAUAUGAUUAAUCAUUAUUUGACAUUUAUCAACACCAUGUACGUUCCUAUUUUUGAUCAAUUAUACUUUUAAUAAGCGUAUGAAAUUUAUAAAGAAAACUUAUGUGUAUAUGUAUUCGCGUGAAUAUUAUUUCCCCAGGUACGAAGAGAGUGUAUAUGUAUUUGUAAUAAGUCGUGAUCGUCAUACAACGAGAAAAAGAUAGAGAGAGAGAGAGAGAGAGAGAGAGAAAGAAAGACGUUCGAUUUUUUCCUUUUGGAGUUAAAACACUGGCCGAAGUUUGUUCCGAAAUGCGCACAUCAUACUCUAGUCAUAAGGUUUGGGCAAUAUUUAAUUCAAUUAACGAUUAACGAUAUAAGAUGUUUCUCUUUUUUUUUUUUUUUUUUUUUUUUAUCGAUGUUACUUCAUACAACCAAAUUAAAUUAUUUGGAUCAUUAGUUGGAUUAAAUGAUUGAUCAUUAAAGUAUUCAUUAUUGAAUGAAAUCUUGACGUUUCUUUAUAUAUAUAUAUAUAUAUAUAUUUUUUUUUUAUUUCCUUAUUGUCAUUAGAAAUCUUCUUUUUCUCUUUUUAUUUUGUUUUUUUUUUUCUUUUCUUUUUAUUUUUUGUUUCUUUUCUUUUUUAAUUAUUCAAAACACCAAUGAAGAUGAAAAGAAAAAACAACAAAGAAGAUGAUUUCAUUAAAGAUUAAUUCGUCAAUGAUUCACAGAGUGUGCGUGUACGUGUACGUGUAUGUAUAUGAUGUGUAUGUGUGUGUGUGUGUGUGUGUGUGUGUGUGUGUAUGUUUAUGUGUGUGUAUACGAGGAAAUUAGACAUUAUAACGUGCGUUUUUCAAUAAUUUUAAUAAAAAUUUAUCUACGACUUAAUUAGUCGAUCUGCGAAAUGAAUUUACGAACAAGAUAUACGAAAAGGUGAGUCGAUGAUUGUCGAGUCACGGGAAUAUAAUAAAUUAAUUAAUACGAUUAAGAAAGUCUUUUUUUAAUUUGCAAUUAAAUAUUGUAAAAGAAAAAAUUUAAUGCCUGCGCGUUGAAAAAUUUUGUGAUACGAACGAUGAUCGUCGAGUCACAAUAAUAAAAAAUAUGAAAAAUAAUUUAAUAAUUUAAUAAUUCAAUUUAAUUGAUUUUUAUUCUUUUUGAAAAACAAUUUUACUUCGUAAUCGUACGUUUUGAAAGUAUAUCUUUGAAAUAUCACGCGAAGAGGUUCGUCAAUUUACGAGUAUACGAGAAAAUUUGAGAAAGUGAACGAAUGAUGAUUAUUGUUCGUCACGCUCGAUGUAUCAUCAAUUAGUUCAUCAUUUUUAUUUUAUUCAUAAAUUUGCGCAUUAUCUAAUUAUACCGUAAUAAAAAAACUAUAUAUAAUGUUUAUUUCUAUAUAUGUAUAUAUAUAUAUAUAUAUAUAUAUAUAUAUAUAUAGAAAUAAACAUUAAUUUCACAUGAUAAUGAUUACACCAAACGUUAAUUAUUUAAUCCAACUAAUUGAGUAACAAUUAAUAAAUUUAAUUUAAUCCGAUUGAAAUCAAUUUAAAUUAUCGUUUGUCGAUUGAUCGAAUGAAAUAUUAUCCAAGGCCGCUAGUCAUUAUUAUGUACUAACGUAUUGAUAAAAAAAAAAAAGAAAAAAGAAAAAAAAAACAGAAAAAGAAAGGAAGAAAGAAAAGAAAAGAAAAGAAAAGGAGGAAGAAAAAAAAAGAAAAACGAAAAAGAACGAAAAAGAAAAAAGAAAAGAAAAAAUAGCAACUAAUUGUUAAUGAAAAAUAAUCAAUAUCUUAGGACGUAACCAUAUUAGGCUUAAGAAUUUAUUACUAUAGAUAGGGAUACUCGAGACAUCUUUAAUGUAAUCUCGCCACGGAGAGAUUAGGAUUGUAAUACCCUAUGUACAUUUUAUAUUUAUAAAAUGAUUAAAAGAAAUGAAAAGGAAAA